UGCAGUUCAAUUGAGAAUUCCAAUCCAUCCCUUCAUCAUCUUUUAAUUUCAUCUUUUGAUCUUCCCGUGAGCCGUCACUAUCAAAUUUUCCCCACCGGUCUUUAAGAAGAACGAUCGUUCGAAACGUUGACCCGUUGGCCCUAUAAUUUGGAUUACUACAAAACACCUUUCCAAAAAAAUGGAUCAAUCCUCCAUAAUGUCACGGGCAGCCCUGGGAAACGUGGCGUCCCUCGGUGAAUUAUACGACGCUCGAAAAGACACCUUCAGUGGGAUUUCCAUCUUCAAGAAAACUCCCCCCGAAGCCGCUCUCACCCAUCCCGACAACCAUUUUUCGGACAUCCAACUCCUCCACAGUGACACCUUUGGAGAAAAAUUCUCCAAACUAGAUGUCAGCGCGGAACUCCAAGUUAGCGUUUUAGCCGGCCUUUUCAGCCUUUCCGGGUCCGGGAGAUACCUAAAAGAUCAGAAAAACUCAUCCCGCGCCGUGAAAAGUUCCCUCAUCUACAACAUUCGCACCAAGGACGACAACGUCAACAUUUUCCAUGAAGAUUUGAAGGACUCCUUCGCCCUGGACGCCAUCCAAUCCGGCGUCGCGACCCAUGUCGUCGUCGGCAUCACGUGGGGCGCAAACUCCGUCCUCAGCUGCGAGUAUCAAAAUACGGAAAAUCGCGACAUCAAAGAAAUCGAGGGGAGCCUUUCCGCCCGCCUGAAAAUAAUCGGUCUCUCCAUUUCCGGCUCAGGUUCGGUGGAAUUUAACGAGGGAGCAAAUGACAAAAGUAUCAAUUUUGCCAUCAAAAUUUACGGCGACGUUCUUCCUCGAGGUCAAGAUCUCCCGACCACGUUUGAAGCCGCGCUGGAACUCAUGAAACAAAUGCCAAACCUCGUCGCGACCUGUAACGAUGGACGUGGAAUGCCCUUGAGCUACAAACUUAUCCCCCUCACUUUGCUCAAGGAUUACCUCAAGUUUGAAAUGAAGGCGGACCUCGUCGUCAAAUCUUUGCAAGAAUACAGCCUCGUCCGGAUUGUACAAUUGUUCGAAAAACUGGACCAGGCACGCCAACUACUCAACGACUUUGAGAAGGACGCCACGCAAAGUAGAUUUGCCGUUAGUGCGGAAAAUAUUGCAAAGGUUAUCUCCUUAGUGGAAGGCUUUUCCAUAGAGGAAGCUAAAUUCAGGUCGGAACUGGGCAACAUGCUGGCCUCGGUGAGAUCCGGGCAUGCUAAAGGGACCGAUUUGGAAGAUUUCCUGGCACGAUUUGAAGCCUCCCCCUGCUCGCCGACAUCCGUCGAUGCCACGCUUCUCGGGAUGAAUGACAUCGUUCAGAAAAUUUCAUUUGCAAGAACCAUCAUCGCUUCGGGAAUAGCUUAUAUCGGCUUCGGGACGAAUCUUGACGACGAAAUUGUAAAGAAUUUCGACACCACGACGUAUCUCCUCUACUUUAACGAACCUUGUAAAAAGGAGGAUCCCACCUCCUGGCAGAAAAAUCGACAAGUCUUCCUCCAAGAGUCGAAAAAAUCGAGCGAGAUCAAAUUCAUCGCGGUCGAUUGCGACAUCCACGAGUCCCUCUGGCCGGGAAAGGUGACCAUCGAAGUGGUGGAAAGUGGUCAAGUCAUAGUCAAAGACCUCGUCCACGAGCAGGAACAAAGCAGCGCGACAGCCGUCGCAAAAUGCACCGUGGAUCUCGACCAACUCGUUCACAAACCGAAUAAACGAGUCAAUCUCGUCAUCCCCUGUACCGGGAGGAAUUGCACCCCAAACGUCGAGCAGGAAUGGUCCUGUCGAAAAUGCGGGGAAGUAAUUGAGUACGGAUUUGACUCCUUUUUCUACUGCGGAUGUGGUCGCGGACCAGCAUCAAUGUUCGAAUUUAAAUGUCCCGACCCAAAACAUGGCGUUAAUUUUGAGCGCCAUUCCGACAAAUAUUUGGAAGAACUCCUCGCAAUGCUGAGACCUUUUAAAGAACUCAACAUUCUAAUCUUGGGAGAAACCGGGGUCGGAAAAUCGACUUGGAUUAACGGCUUUGUAAACUUUAUGACGUUCGAGUCCCUCCAGGAAGCCGAGCAGUAUGACCUUUGCACCCUCAUUCCGUCCGAAUUCACCGUGUGCGACGAGGACUUUAACGAAAUCACGGUAACUACCGGCACGGAUACGAACGAGGUCCAAAAUGCGGGCAUGUCUGCAACCCAAGAAUGUAAAGUUUACCCCUUCACCGUAGGCGACCGGUUAGUCCGACUUAUCGACACGCCCGGAAUCGGAGAUACCCGGGGAGUAGACCAAGACAAGAAAAACUUUCAAAACAUCCUCUCCACGCUGUCCUACCUGCAAGAACUACACGGAAUUUGCAUCCUCCUCAAACCCAACAAUGCCCGGUUAACGGUCAUGUUCCGCUUCUGUAUUAAAGAGCUCCUCACCUACCUCCACCGCGAUGCCAGUCGCAACAUCAUGUUCUGCUUUACCAACGCGCGAGGAACCUUUUACCGCCCCGGCGACACACUCCCCGCCCUCCGAAACCUGCUCAAAGAAAAUGAAGACGUCGUCAUCCCCAUCGCCCAACAUACCAUUUACUGCUUCGACUCGGAAGCCUACCGCUUCCUCGCGGCCAUCAAGAAUAAAUCCAAACCCGUCAAAUUCGCGGACGAUGAGUGCGAAAACUUUGCAAAAAGUUGGGAAAAAUCCAUCUCCGAGACGAAACGCAUGCUGAAACAUAUCUCCCAACUGAAACCGCACCCCAUUCAGAGCACCAUCAAUUUAAACCAUGCCCGUGAACUGGUCGUCAAACUGACCCGGCCUCUCGCCGAAAUUACGAAAACCAUCCAAACAAACAAGGAAGUCAUUAAGGAUCACCUCGAGCUGCUAAAAAGAACCAAAGAAAACAUCGCGGACCUUCAAGCACAGCGAUUCUGCGAUAAGCAAGAACUAGAAAUUAUCAAGCUAAACUACCCAAAAACCGUGUGCACAAACGUGGCCUGCACCCGGGUUUAUGGUAACGGGGAAUUUAAGCAGAUCGAGUACCGCACCGAGUGCCAUGCCCCCUGCGGCCUGUCCGGCGUGGCGCACGAUACCGUCGGUGAUCCCGGGCUUUUAGGCUGUGCCGCCAUCACGAACGGGUACUGCAACCGGUCCAACUGUCGCCACUUUUAUCGGGAACACAUGCACAUUUACUACGACUCGAAAGAGGUCACCAAGCAGGUGGAGAGCGAGAGUGUGAAAAAGUCUCUGAACGAGAACAUCUCCGCGGCCGAGCUGAAACAGAACAUGAUCGACGAGAAGAACCAGCUGAUCAAGGAACAGGACGACGAGUUGAAGCAGAUUGAAGUGGCGAGUGUGAAAUUCGCCUGUUUUCUCAAGCAUAACGCCAUCACGCCGUAUAACGACGCGAUGCUGGAGUACAUGGACCAUUUGAUUGGGGAGGAGAAGAAAAAGAUGAGUGCGGGCGGGACGAAGAAGACGUUGGAGCAGAUGCAAUUGGGCAGGGCGUCGUAUGAGAAUCAGAUUAAGAUUUUGGAUAAGGAGAUGAGUAUCGGGGACAGUACGAAUAUUCUCAAUCCGACGGAGGUGGAGAAGCUGGUGAAGCAUUUGUACAAGUUGAAGCAUAAUGGGGCUUGUAUUAAGGCGUCGUUGGAUGCGGUGGAGAGCAGUGCGGGACAGAUUUCGCAGUAUAGGGAGGUGGUUAGUGCGUAUAAGAAGAAGCAGAAGAAGAAGAAUGUGUUUAAGAAGGGGUGGGAUUGGCUUACGGGGGGAAAUUAAAUUUUGUAUGUAUUUACGAUACGUCAAAAGCUUCGUAAUUUGAUGGAGAAUUAAGAGUUGAAAAGAAGAGGUUACCACAUCACGUAUUUGCAUAAAUUGUGAAAAUAUUAGUUGCAUGCAUAGAGUUUUAUUAAUAUAUGGUUGCAUGCAUGAUUUCAAAUUAAUAUUUCAUUUAUAAUUCCUUAAUGCAAUAUUAAUUUGCAAUUAUGCAUGUAAUGAAUAUUUUCGCAAUUUUUGCGAAAACGUGAUGCAGUAAACCCUAUUUUUCAUUUCUGAUAUAACAAAAACAAGUAACAUUUACAUAAUGACAAAAGGUGGGACGGAAGCUGAAGGCAUCAAGGGUCCCGCAAUAAAAGCUUGCCAUUAAAAAACUAUAUAUUUAUUAUAACAUUCCAUAAUUUCUGUGAAAUAAAAAAUUAACUUGAAAUUUCA